GGGUGGAGCUGAGUAAACUCCUCCCCUGACCAGGAAGUGAGGAGGAAAGCUGUUGUGUACGUGAGAGAGAGUCAGGAACCUGUGGUAUGGAAGGGUCCAAUUGAACUAGAGACCUGCUCACUCUUACUCCUCUACCUCCAGAGCGGGAGCUUCGGGUUCCCGAGCUGUAGGACACCGAGAUCCUUGGGAAUAAGAUCUAGGGCUGGCUUCGCAACCAUGCUCCCCUCGGGGACCACUCCUGGGACCACGGACCGUUUCACGGUGUUGGCGGAUGCGGAGGACGUGGUGCUUAAACAGCGGCCUCAAGUGGAACGCAUCUUCAGAGUGCAGCUGAGUGUCCUUGAGAAGACCUGCCCGGGGAGCCCCCACAUCUGGUUGCAGCUGGAGGGGCCCCAAGAGAAUGUAGGAAGAGCCAAGGAGUACCUGAAAGGCCUUUGCAACCCAGAGGUGUGGGAGGAAGUCAGCUAUCCUGCAGUCCUGCACUGUGUCUUCUUUGGAGCCGGGGGUCUCUUCCUGGACUGCCUGUGUUGGGGUACCUCAGCUUAUAUGGUGCCCCAAACCCCUGGCUCUCUGAUACUGGGGGGCCUGAUUGAAGCCUAUGUCAUGGCCCAGAGCAGGAUGGAAGAUCUGUUAGGGCGACUGAGGCAAGGUGGUAUCCAGUGGCCGCAGUCCAGUAGUGCCAGGGAACAAGUGACUCAGGCCUUCAAGGCCCUGGUUGGGAGCUAUGGAGAUGAACAGUCCAGGGCUCUCCUGGGUUUGCCUGUAUCUGUCCAGGAGUGGCUGUUAAACUUGGCAGGAGAGGCAGGUAGGGGCCAAGGACUGCCAGAACCUCCUCUGAGGCAAGAGAGGAGCCCAGUUCUCGUUGGGAAUAGUGGUUGGGAGGACCUUGUUAGAAAGACUCCAAGUGAGGGCAGAGAAGUCAGGGAGGGCGACAUUGUCUCAUUGGGUACCAGAUCUGUUGAUCAGGAAGGGCUUAAGGAAGGGGUUUAUGCUAGGGAAGAGUGUCUGCCCUCUGAUCCUGUAGAGAGAGACUGGGAAAGACUGUGGUCCAUGGGAGAGGGGGAUUCCAGGAGGAUUAGAGAACUGGUCAGGGAAAAGGACUCACAUACACAGAAUCUCUCUGGGCAAAGAAACUUGGAGAGACCAGGGAGUCCCAAGGAGGGAUUACUUAGGCAGAGGAACUGGGGUAGGGAAGGGAUCCCUGAGGAAAGAAAUUGUCCAUCUAGGAAAAGGUACUGGGAGAAGGAUGGAUUUCUUGGGGAGAGAGAUUGGAGUGGGGAUGGCUCGACUAUGGGGAGAGACUGGGACGGAGAUGGGCACUUUGGGCAGAGGGGUUGUGGGGAAAGGGGACAUAAUAGGGAGGAGGACCAGGAUGGAGAACUGUAUCUGGAAGGAGAGGGCUUGAAAAGAGAGGAGCUAUCAGGUAACAUGUCUCAAAGAGAAGAGCUCCAGAGCAAAAAUCAGUUCCCAAGCCCACACACUGUCAAGGCUGACUUCCUCCUGGGGGGGAACCAGGCUGCAGCUGAUUCCUAUGGCCAUUCUCCUCAGGCAGUGGUAUGUGACUGGCAGUGGAGGGGCCCCCUAAUGCCCCUCCAGCUCAACAAUGGAGAAUCCUCUCCACCAAUGGAGCCCAACCUUCUACCUGGGGCUCAGCCCACAUGGCUUGUUUCUCCAAAGCCCGGGGAUGGGCAGUCAGUGGGACUUAAGGGACAGGAGCCUCUAAAGGGAAGCUUAGGUGGCAUCACUGGUGGCAGCUGUGAGGUGACCAAAACUCAGCGCUUUCUGGAGGCCCUGAAGACCCCGUUUUCCUUGAACCUCACUAACGUGCCUGGUGCAACAGGUCUUCGACAUGUUAUCAUUGAUGGCAGCAAUAUAGCUAUGAUCCAUGGACUCCAGCAUUUCUUCUCCUGCCGGGGCAUAGCCUUAGCUGUUCAGUAUUUCUGGGAUCGGGGGCACCGGGAGAUCACUGUCUUUUUGCCUCAGUGGCGCCUAAGGAAGGAUGCCAAGGUGAAAGAACGUCAUUUCCUGACUAAACUACAGUCCCUCAGCCUGCUCUCUGUCACCCCCUCUCGAAUUGUGGAAGGGAAGAGGAUUACCUCCUAUGAUGACAGGUUCAUGGUGAAGCUGGCAGAAGAAACUGAUGGCAUCAUUGUUACCAAUGACCAGUUCCGAGACUUGUCAGAUGAAUCUGUGAAAUGGGCAGAAAUCAUCAGAGAACAUCUGUUGCCUUUCACUUUUGUGGGGAACAUCUUCAUGGUCCCAGAUGACCCACUGGGGCGUGAAGGCCCCACCCUGGAUGAGUUCCUCAAGAAACCAAAUAGGCCACAGGCUUCAAGAGGUCGAUCAACUGGUCGCCGAGGGCCUCCCCAUAACCGACCUUCCCGACCCAGCUCCCGGGCCCGAUCUCAGGUUCGAUCGGGAGCCCAGCCUCGACCACUACCUCGACCUCGAUCUCAGCCUCGACCCCACACCAGGGGUCUGACAGAAUCUGAAAUUCAGCCAAAGCAGCCGGAGCAAAAGGAGGAAGAUGAGGGAAUUAGCGGCUUACGAAAGGCAAGAGAGACUGAGCAGCUUCGGCACAAGCUGCUGGAGGUGUUUUGGGGACAGGACCAUAAGGUGGACUUCAUCCUACAGCGGAACCCCUCUAACAGGGACCUUAACCAGCUGUCAGAGGCCCUGCUCAGUCUGAACUUCUGAGCCUUUCAGUGAAUGGAGGUUGCUGGUGAGGUGCAUCCUGGUGAUCUGGAUAGUUGGGUCCUGCUUCUGACUUAAGAGUGAGAUGUGGGGAACCAUGGGCAAAGCAGAGGGGCAGGAAGCAGGGACCUCUUUUCCCCCUGGCAGGCUUGGACCUACAUGGUUAGGAGGCCAGGACCACUCUAUAGCUAACUUGGCCCAGGGACACUGGAGGAGUACUAGAUUCUGCCAAACCCUGGAAGUCUUUGUGUUAUGUGAAAGAUUACGUGUGGACACAGCAGGGAGGUAGUAAAAACUGCACUCAUCUAGGAAUCAGGAUACUUGAGUUCUAGGCCUGGGUCCUAGUACCCUUGGCAAGGGGUUACUCAACUACCUUUAGGCUAAACCUAAACUUCUAUUUCUUCAUCUAUAAGAAGGAAAUUAAUAUACCUGUUGAGGAGAAAGGGCCUGGAACUCUACCAAUUUCCAGGUAUGGUUACCUGCCAGUUCACAGGGUUCACUUCAUUUUAGGUGAAAUUCUUUGGCAUCCAAGUGGGUCCCCAAGAGAUCUUAGAUUGGCUUCUUAGUGUUAGAAGUCCCAGGCUUUUUCCCUUUUAGACAACCCCCUAUCCAAAUGUAUCCUAUUCUUACGUUUGGAUUUAUGUGUGAUAAUUAAGUUUACAAAAAUAUUUUCAGGGUUCAUUAAAAAGGCAGCUUCUGUCUAGGGCAUUUGUUUGCUUAUUGAUCAUUAACUACAACUUGACAGUGUGGCUGUGGUUAAACUUGCAGAAAUAUUGGGAAGCCACAAUCAGUUGAAUGAUAAUAAAACUUCUCUGAAAUGAUCACAGGUUAUCAUUUGACUUACUAAAAUCCAUGUAUAGGAACACACCUGUAUUAUGUAUGAGGUGUGUGUAAUGGUGGUGUAUGUGCAUAAACAAUAGGGAUGGUCACCUGAUUGUAAUCUUUACCUGAAAAUGCUGGUUAUCAAAUGACUGGGGAAUGGAGAACUAGAAAGGAUAGAAAGGUAAACUGGGAAUCGGGUUCAUGUUAUAUCCCCAUCCCUACCCUGGAGAUCCUUUCUGGGCUAAUUUAUCUCAGAUUUUCUUCUCAGGGACUCCCCGAAGUCCCUUCUAGCUCCCCAAAGUCCCUACCCACAGUAACAUGGGUGCUUUAGGAACCUUUUGGGGAGCUGUAACUAGGAAUAGGAUUACUGGGUUCUAAUUCUCCAGUCUUUGGAAUCUGUCCCAUGAAGGGGGUUUUGCUUGGGAUGGGCACUGCCACUAGUGACAUCAUUGUAUGCCUAUCAAAAGGUUCCCAGGGGGAAAGAGAUUUUGGUUAGUAUUUGGGGAGGGAGGCUGAUACUUGGAGUGUGGUUAGUAGCAAGAGAAGGACCAUAAAUAAAAUUUUAAGCCAUGCUUGUCUGUUCAUAAGGUCAUUAAGGCUUGUUUCUGAACCAGAUAGUUGGGUUGACAUGUUUCCUUAAACUGCAAAAUGUCUAAAUGUGUUUUGUUGACGCUUGCCUUGUGAAUGCAUCCUUGCCUGUUACUUGGCACCACCAUAGGCAGACUGGCUCUACCUCAGAUGCUAAGGACCCUGGGAAACUGGAUUAAUUGUAAUGCUGCACCAGUACCUGGAUCAGCUCUUGGUUUCUCUGUCCCUAUUUGGGAAAUCUUGAGCUCCUUACAAAUUAAACAUUCCCAUUUAAGUUUUAGAUAGUUUGGUAGCUUCAGUGCUUUAUUUAUAAAUAUAUUUUUUUGAAGUUUUAUUGUUCUUGUAAUUCUUACAAAAUAAAGUAUAUCUUUACCACUA